GAUCGAUCGGCUGAUCUCCCAACCCUGACCCAACGUUGAACAUGUUUAAACCGAGGAAUUUAUAGUUGUAAUGAUUGCCAAUGACUGUUUUGUUAGCCAUUGACCACAUGCCUUUCGUUGAUUCAUUCAAAUUUGACCCGACGGUGAGAUGAGACGUUGAUCUAACCUGGUUAGGUUAGUCGACCAACAACAUCGCCCCAUUUGUGUUUAUUAGCUUUAAAUCAACAAAUCAACAUCCUUCGAUGCUGCGGGAUGUUACCAAUGAGUAGGAAAAGGUAAUUGAGAGUCUUGACAACAUCACAUUCGUAUUUGCAACGUUUUGGGAAGGUCGGGAGAUCAGCCGGUCGAUCUCCAGCCUCACAUCGACACCUCGACACACACCUCAACCGAUCGACUGACAGCCUUACCUCCCGAUAGACCGACAGACCUCCCGACCUCACUUUCCUUAACAGAAUGCGCCCCUCUACUAGUGCUCGUUUGGUUUCUGCAAGCAGAAGACUUUUUGUGUGUUAGAAAGGCGUUGGUUUUCCUAAGAGGUUAUUUGUUUUGUUACUCUAUAACUUCAAAAAUAGUACAUAAAUUUUAUCUGCUGAUUCAAAGUCAAGAUUUAUUGAAAGCUGAAAAUGAGACACGCGUCGUUCAUCGCGAGGACUGUCUUGGUGAAGAAUGGUUCCGUUGAUGAAGCUAUGGGUCUGUUAAACAACAUUAUGAGUCGUGAUGGUUUCUUUGAACAAUUCAGACGCACACGAUGUUAUGAGAAACCUUUUGAGAUGCGAAGAAGAGUGAACUACACUAAGUGCAAGUCAAUCUACAAUGAAGAAAUGUCUCGUCGACUGUCAUUCCUCAUGCGAGUCAAUAGGACUGAUCCUUACCCAGGGUCCUCGUGAUACUACUAUAAUUCCUGUUUUUUGUGUUGUGUUAUUGGCUUAGAGGAUUAUCAAUGAAAAGUCAUGUUUUUAACUUCACCAAACUGGCUUUAUUUCCAUACUUGAAUAAAAAGGAGAAGCUAAAUACAUAAA